GUGAUCCACGCAUUCAUCCACCAGUCGGCCAUGGAGGCCUAUCUAGCAUCCAUCGACGCAGCAUUCUCAUCGUCAUCUACCCCCUCGUCACAUGCAUUCAUCUCACUCAUCGUAGUCACUGCUCAGCAACACGCCGCCCUCAAAGAUGACUUUGCCGCCCAUCGAUCAGUGGAUCAGUCGAUGAUCGCGCAACGCAUAUCGAGGAGCAACGCUACCAUGACUGGCGUUUUGCUCGACAGGACAGCCUCUCUCAUCGAAGCUGCCCUACAGUACGUCGCCGAUGCUCCACCAAUCGCCAUCCUUACUGACACCAACGAUCGCAGACGAGAUCAAUGGCUGGCAAAGGCAUCGCUCCCAGCAUGGCAACAGGCUCAGGCAAAGUGGGCAACUGUAUUCAAUCGAUCAUCUGCUCUCUUCUCCGUGUCGCCCACAUCGCCGCCCGUGUGGUUCUUCCCUACCUUCCGGCUCGUAUCGAUGCUCUUCCUCACCCUCUGCAUACGCCUCGAUCGCCUCUCGUCACCCUUUGCUCAAUCCCACUCACAUCGUCAGCCCUACCUGACCGAAUGCACCUCCAAAUUGGCUGGUCCGGUUCGAGCAGCUGGUACCGACCGUACCUCGCUGCCUGGUCAUGAGACAAAGAGGAGCGCAGCAAUGUGGUUGGGAAACGACUGCUUGAGAGGCUAUUUCAAGCUCAACAAUCUCAAGCUGUGCGAGACGGUACUCAAGAGCGUGCGCGAGGCCAACAAUCGCAACAGGGAGCAUGUCAACUCGACACUCGAGACUGCCCCGCCUUCGUCUCAAUCGUCGUCUUCGACGUUCAUGUCGGAUGACCCGCACGAGUCAAUCUACCCGCUCUCGCAGCAGGUCACCUAUCGAUACUACGUCGGUCGCCUACGCAUCUCCCAAGGUAGGAUCCGAGACGCCUUCCACGACCUCUCUUGGGCGCUUCACUACUGCCACGCGCAGCAUGGUCAUCGUCAGAUCAGGAGCAUCUUGCUACACCUCCUACCGUGCGCCCUCGUCCUCGGCAUGCGGCCAAGCCGAUUUGUCCUCUCGCUCCUGGAUCAAGAUGUAGCCAAUCUCUACCUGCCUCUCUUCGCCUUGUACGCAAAGCCUGACAUUGCCGCAUUCGAGGCCACCUUGAAUGUGCGUCAACGCAAGGAGAGGCUCAGGAAGCUCAACGUCUACCUCAUGAUACGGGACAAGAGCGCCAUUGGCAUGUGGCGAGGUAUCGUCAAGAGGUGGUGGGUUUUGUGCCACAAGGCAGCGAAGACCGGAUCAGACGAGCAUUGCUGACCCCUUUUACACCACUGGCCCGCAGCCUUACCCUCACCCUCCCCAAGACGCCCUCGAAUCCCAAUGCGCCGCCCACGCUAGCCAUGUCUCUCCUCCUCAAGGCCGUGCAACACUCCACGCAAGAGGUCAAUACUGCACCUUUGUUGAGUCUGGUCGACCUCGAAUGCAUCGUGGCCUCGCUCAUCGAUCAAGGCUACAUCAAGGGCUACACCUUCCACUCAAAGGGCAUCGUCGUGUUUCAAAAGGGCCCCACUCUGGGCUUUCCCAGAGUGCGCGACGUCUACUGAGCGGACCCCACGCGUCACAUCUGUCUAAGCUGCUGCUGCUGCUGCUGCUGCUGCUCUCAUCUAUCGCUUGUUGUACUACUACGACCGAUUACUCAAUAUAGAUACCAUUGCUCACG